UCAACCGAGUUUCCCAAGAACCUUCUCACUUCUCUCUCUUAUAAACCCUUCCCCUCCUCUCUCUGUCUCUCUCACUGCCUUUUUUGGUUUCUCCAUCUACAACUCGCUUCCUUUGUUUCUCAGAGUAGGCGGCGACGACGACGACAAUGGCUUACUCCAGUUUUGUGGGUUUGAUGCUUGUCGCUUUGGUGGCUGGCUCCGCUUUAGCUCAGGCUCCGGGAACCGCGCCAGCCGCUUCACCGAAAAAGUCUCCACCGGCUUUUACGCCGACGGCUACUCCUCCUCCGGCUUCUACACCGACGGCUGCUCCUCCUCCGACUCAGACCUCGUCCCCGACGCAUUCCCCCACCGUGUCUCCACCAUUAUCGGCUCCCGUGCCGACCAGCACCACGCCUCCGGCCGGUGCCCCCGCCAGCUCGCCUCCAUCUCCUCCCUCGUCUUCCCCUCCGUCGAACGCUCCGUCUGGCUCGGGUACCACGCCCUCGAUCGGCUCGCCGCCGGGUGAGUCUCCAACCAGUCCUGCCAAUGACGCAGCGUUGAACAGAGUCGCCGCCACCGGAUCCGUAGCGUCAGUGAUCUUGGCCGCGGCUUUGUUGCUGUAGAUCCCAUCGGAGUUAUGUUUCUCUCGUUGGCCUCCAUUGUCCCAGAUUCACUAGGGUUUUAUUCUAGUACUAGUUUUAUUUUUAUUUUUAAUGGAGUUCGUUUGUUUUUUUUUUUUCUUUUUUAAAUUUAUUUAUUUGGGUUUGCUGGUGGUGAUAGCGUUGGAUGAUGAAUAUUAUUUGGGUCUGUGCUCUUGAUUGGAUUGAGUUUAUUAUUAUUAUGCAGAUUAUUGUGUAUGCUUU